AGCGACAGCUCCUCCUCCUCCUCCUCUUCUCCUCCUUCCCCCAUCCAUCCCUCCCCCUCCCCCGCGCUGUCCACUCCUGUCAUUCACCUCCCUGCUUCACGCAUCAUGGCCCCCUCCGCUGAUGCUGGCGAGAGCCAACAUGGUUCCGUCUUCUCCGUCUCCGGUCCCGUCGUCGUGGCCGAGCAUAUGAUCGGCUGUGCCAUGUACGAGCUGUGCCGUGUCGGUCAUGACCAGCUGGUCGGAGAAGUCAUUCGGAUCGAUGGCGAUAAGGCCACCAUUCAGGUCUACGAGGAGACAGCUGGUUUGACGGUCGGCGACCCCGUUACACGGACAGGAAAGCCCCUGUCGGUCGAGCUGGGCCCCGGUUUGAUGGAAACGAUUUACGAUGGUAUUCAGCGGCCCCUGAAGGCGAUCUCCGACCAGUCCAAGGGUAUCUACAUCCCCCGUGGUAUCGCGGUUAACGCCCUGGAUCGUGAGAAGAAGUGGGACUUCAAGCCCGGCAAGUACAAGGUCGGCGAUCACAUCACCGGUGGUGACAUCUGGGGUACCGUUUUCGAGAACAGCUUGGUGAACGACCACAAGAUCAUCCUCCCUCCCCGCGCGAGGGGUACCAUCACCCGCAUAGCCGAGGCGGGAAGCUACACUGUCGAGGAGAAGCUGCUGGAAAUUGAGUUCAAUGGAGUCAAGACGGAACACAGCAUGAUGCACACCUGGCCUGUCCGUGUGCCCAGACCGGUCAACGAGAAGCUCUCGUCAGACGCACCUUUCAUUGUCGGUCAGCGAGUGCUGGACUCCCUGUUCCCUAGUGUCCAGGGUGGUACUGUCUGUAUCCCUGGUGCCUUCGGAUGUGGAAAGACUGUCAUCUCCCAGAGUGUCUCCAAGUUCUCCAACAGUGAUAUCAUUGUCUACGUCGGUUGUGGUGAGCGUGGUAACGAGAUGGCUGAAGUGCUGAUGGAUUUCCCCGAACUUUCCAUUGACGUCGAUGGCCGCAAAGAACCCAUUAUGAAGCGUACCUGCCUGAUCGCCAACACCUCCAACAUGCCUGUCGCCGCCCGUGAGGCGUCCAUCUACACCGGUAUUACGAUCGCCGAAUACUUCCGUGACCAGGGCAAGAACGUGGCUAUGAUGGCGGACUCCAGUUCCCGCUGGGCUGAGGCUCUUCGUGAAAUUUCCGGUCGUCUGGGAGAGAUGCCGGCUGACCAGGGUUUCCCCGCCUACCUGGGUGCCAAGCUGGCUUCCUUCUACGAGCGUGCCGGAAAGAGUAACGCUUUGGGUAGCCCCGAGAGAAUUGGUAGUGUCAGUAUUGUCGCUGCCGUCAGCCCUCCGGGUGGUGACUUCUCGGAUCCCGUCACCAGUAGUACCCUGGGUAUUGUCCAGGUGUUCUGGGGUCUGGACAAGAAGUUGGCUCAGCGUAAACACUUCCCGUCGAUCAACACGUCGAUCUCUUACAGCAAGUACACGACGGUUCUGGACCGGUACUACGAAAAGCAUCACCCCGAAUUCCCUCGCCUGCGUGACCAGGUCAGAGAGCUUCUGACCAAGUCGGAGGAUUUGGACCAGGUCGUGCAGCUGGUUGGUAAGGCCGCUCUGGGUGACUCUGACAAGAUCACCCUGGAUGUGGCUGCCAUGGUCAAGGAUGACUUCCUGCAGCAGAACGGUUACAGUGACUACGAUCAGUUCUGCCCGCUGUGGAAGACCGAGUACAUGAUGAAGGCGUUCAUGGGCUACCACGAUGAAGCCCAGAAGGCGGUUGCCCAGGGCCAGAACUGGUCCAAGGUUCGUGACGCCACCACCGACAUUCAGAGCUCUCUCCGGGGCAUGAAGUUCGAGGUGCCGACCAACGAGGCGGAAGUCUCCGAGAAGUACGAGAAGAUCCUCCAGCAAAUGUCGGAGCGGUUUGCUUCGGUGUCGGAUGAGUAGAGGAGGACAUAUUCACCGGGCUAGACCGGGGAGGCGUGCUGUCUAUUUUAUAUUCCCGAGCUUGUAGCAUAGCAAAUUCCCAGUAUAUGUAGUUAUUGCCGUUGCCUUGAAGAAUUUCCGUUUCGAGAAGC